CAGAGAAACAACGGUAACCACAAACCACUUGACGACAAAAUUUUAGCGCCAAACACAAGAAACGCUAAACUCCCAAAUCACCGGAAAAAAACCAAAAUCGAAAACCACUUCCAAAUGUUGUGCACCGCACCCCCUCCCCUCCACCUCUCCAUCCUCCGCAAGAACCCUAAAUUCUUCCACACGCGCGCCACUCAUCAUAACCGACCGAGCACUGCUCCUCCCUUCACCGUUCGAUCGUCCUCGAGCGUGAAAGAGAUCGAGAAACCGAUCGAAAACCAGGCGGUAAGAGAAGGGGACUUGAGCUCGAGUUUGUGGGAUUCGGCGCCGUUUCUGCCGAUUAGGGCGGCGAAGAGGGUGGUUCUAGUGAGGCACGGGCAGAGCACGUGGAAUGAGGAAGGUAGGAUCCAAGGGAGCUCUGAUUUCUCGGUGCUUACAGCGAAAGGCGAGUCUCAGGCUGAGACUUCCCGCAUCAUGCUCAUCGAUGAUGCGUUCGAUGUCUGCUUUUCUAGUCCACUGAUUAGGUCAAAGAGAACUGCGGAAAUCAUUUGGAGUGCUCGCAAGGAGGACAUUAUCACUGACUCCGACCUGAGGGAAAUUGACCUGUACUCCUUUCAAGGUCUCCUAAAGCAUGAGGGAAAAGCAAAGUUUGGUUCGGCAUUUCACCAGUGGCAAAUGGAUGCCCCAAAUUUCAAUAUCGAUGGCCAUUAUCCAGUGAGGGAGUUAUGGGCUCGUGCUAGAAGCUGCUGGACCAAAAUCUUAACUCAUGAAAGCAGGUCUGUUCUUGUGGUUGCUCACAAUGCUGUUAAUCAGGCUCUCGUUGCAACAGCUAUUGGAUUAGGCACCGAGUAUUUCAGGAUUUUACUCCAAAGCAAUUGUGGUGUGAGUGUGCUGGAUUUCACCCCACGAAUAGAGGGUGGGUCUCCAUAUAUAUGUCUUAAUCGUUUAAAUCAGACCCCAAAUUCACCUGUUGCUGGAAGUUCCGCUGGCAGAAAAGCCAGUAAGCGGAUGGUUCUUGUCUGUCAUGGUUCCUCACAGGGCAGUUCAGAGGCUAAAAUUCCUUGUACUGGUGACACGCCUAUGAAUAUGCUAGGGAUUAUACAGUCCCAGAAAACUGCGGAGCUACUUCUUGAUUUGAAGGUGAGUGCUAUAGUCAGCAGCCCUAAAGUGGCUUCAGUUGAGACUGCUAAUGUCAUCUCCCAAGUUCAAGAAGCUGCUGACUGCUUGGGUGCUGAUUGUGUGCCUCGCUAUGUGGAAUUGAAGCAGAUGCAGGACCUUGAUGUUGGAAACAUUCUUCAACAAUCAAAGAAGGAUGCAAGUGAAGUUUCGUCUCUUCAGUCUAAUUGGUUAAAUGGAUAUGAAGCUGAAGUAAAGACAGCAAUAUGGGUUCAGUUAGGACAGGCCUGGAAAUCUCUGUUAGAGGAACUAUCCAGCGAAUCUGAGGCGGAAAACAUUGUUGUAGCAGUUGGGCAUCCUGUGGCACAUAUUGCAUUGAUGGGGCAUUGCCUAAAUCUGACAAAAGAGUGGAUGGGAACGUUUCACCUUGACGCAGGCAGCAUCAGUGUUAUCGACUUCCCUGAUGGACCGGCUGGAAGAGGUGUUAUCAGGUGCAUAAAUUUCACUGCUCACUUGGGGAGGUGGUCAAUACCGAUUACAAGGUCAGUUACCGAUGAUGAGGCGUUCUAAACUUGUUUGUGUAUAGAUUCAUAUAUAUUGUUGUAUUCUGGAACUUACUGGCAAUGAGAUAAUCUGCUCAUUUAAGCCUUUGUUCAGUUGUAAGGAAUGCCACAUGAACAAAUAGUUCCUAACAGAGGUGAAUCAAAGGAAAAGAGGGGGGGUGGGGGAGGGGGAAAUCCAUUCUUCAUAUAAAUUGGCAAUAAAGUUAAUAAAAAAUUCUGUUUUCGAC